AUGGUUGACACAGCCGAGGCUACCAGACGGUUGAACGUCAAGAAGCAAACAUUGGAUGAUGCGUAUGCGGCUCCGGCCAAUUUUUUAGAAAUUGAUAUUCUGAACCCGAUAACUCACGGUGUGGCCAAAAAACGAUACACUGACUAUGAAGUUCGCAUGCGAACAAACCUACCAGUGUUUAAGGUCAAAGAAUCCAGUGUCCGUAGACGUUACAGUGAUUUUGAAUGGUUGCGCAAUGAACUAGAACGAGACAGUAAGGUAAUGUGUAUUUCCAACUUAUUCUAA